AUGUUAUCUUGCCAGCACUGUCGUGAGCGACGUUUUGACACCAAGGAGGCGCUCCAGCAGCAUGUCCGGGACUCGCCUGGGCACCCGUACUGCAGCGACUGCGAUCGCUUCUUCGCGGACUACCAGGGAUACCUCUCCCACUGCGAUACUAAGCACCCAUUCCUCCAUCGCUGCUGCGACAAGAAAUUCAGGACGUUGAACGCCCUCGCUCAGCACUACUAUGUGUCAGACCAACACCCGAACUGCGACAUUUGCCAGAAAGGCUUCAAGUCGGUGCAAGUGAGGGACAAGCACCUAAGGGAACGCCACUCGCGCCGGUCAUGCACAAGCUGUCGAGAGAUGGUAUCGAUAGACAGCCUCGAGGAACACUAUCGUACCUCCCCGAAACAUCCCUUGUGUGCAUACUGUACGUUCCCUAAAGGAUUCGAGAAUGAAGCGGAAUACGAGAAGCAUAGGAAUAGUUACCAUUCGUGGAUCACCGCAGAACCGAUGUAUUAUCACGACGAACUUAGUGGUAACGCGGUCGUGCAGAGCGUGCCCCCUACUCAGGCUACACAUGCGAGAGGCGCUCGCGAGGCUCGUGCAGACGUUCCACGAGUUCGUAUUCAUGAAGAUCGCUCGUCCACGGACGGAUCUCCACCUGAAGUCGCUUCUGCAAUCCCCCACGUUGCAUUGCGAACCGCAUUACCUGUUUCACCUCCCGCGUCGCCUCCACUGCUGAGCGUCCACACCUCCGACCAGACCGCCGCUUCAUCUGCGUACUUCACCCCUGUCUCGGCUACGGAUCAGGUUACCGCCGCCCCUACUGUGCAAAUCAGUGCGCCUUCUCCGGAAGAUGUGAUGCAGACUUUCAAAGCUGCCGCCACAUACGAGUUGCUGCCUCCUCGCCGAAGCCCUGUCAUCGAAAGCCCCGAGCUCGAACGGCUACCCAGCAUCAGGCCAAUCGACUCGCCCACGUCUUCCUGCCCGCCGCAUUCGGCCUCGUCCUUCCUGCCUCCUUGGGACUACUACAAGCUGAUGCGCCACAAUCUCUCGGCCUCGCUUCCGACGCCAUUGGACGAAGAGGCCGAGGAUGCGAUCCACGACGCAAGGAGCGGCGACCCGCAAACCAUCGCUCUCCCGGCGAGCCCGCCGUACUCGCUCGAUGAUCUCGCUGACGACGCCACCGCGCCACUUCACCACGAGGAAGAAGAGGAUCUCAGCCUCCUGCACGAGCCUCCCCCGCGCGACUACGCCGCGACCGCGACCGACAUCGAGUCCUCCACCCUCCUUUCGUUCAACGCCCUCCUCGAGAAGUUCACGAACGGCGCCCAGGGGCUCAGCGAGCUCCAAGCGGAGACGUUCCCGCACGUGCCCACCCCGCCACCGUCCAAACACCUGCCACCGACGCGGCCACUCAAGCCACUGCUCGCUAUAAGACAGCAGCUGCAGCGCGCGGACUCGCCCCUGCCCUCCUCCGCACUGAGCACGAAGAUGGACGUUCCGAGCCGCAAAUACUCUCAGCUCCUGCGCUCGCCCGCCGAGUCACUCCAGAACCUACCCACCGCGGACUCGCCCAUCGUGGAGGCGCUCGUAGAGCACGUCGUACGCGAGAACGGGUUGGCAGGGCCUCAGUCUGCAGUCCUAGACGCCCCGUCCCCGCCAUCCUCCACCCGCGAGCCGGAGCCACAGGUCGGCUCCUCCAAACUGCACUGCAGGCUCUGUCUGGUCGACCCGUGCAAGGAACCUACCGCAACAUUCUGCGGGCACAUAUUCUGCAACUCCUGUAUCACGGAAAGCAUCGUCAGCGCGUCCAAGUGCCCGGUGUGCAAUGUUCCGACGCUGCUGUAUUGCCUGUUCAAGCUCGAUCUGGCCGCCUAA